AGAACAAAACAGAACAAAUUUGAGGAAGUUUUUUGCUUUAAUGACAGAGCCGUACAGAGUCUUUCUUUUUAAUACUGCCAUUUCAAGAUUUCACAUCAUAUCAAGAACCAGUUUCCCACAGCUUCUAUCUCUACCAGAAAGAAAAAAAUUGUUUAGAGAAAACGAAAGAAAAAGGUCGCUCACCCCACCCCACCCCUGUUUUGUUCAUUUUUGUAUAAAGUUAGACUAAAAGGCAUUUUUCUUGGGCUUUGUUCUGUUUCACCCUCACAUAAACAUAAACUAAAUUGUUAAACAACUCCCCAUUCGGCCAUUCUUCCCCUUUUUCCUUUUUACCUUUCUCUUUUCCUUUCAAUCACAAACUAUCGUCUUCCCCUUCUUUGCAUUUUGCCCCUUCCAAGAUUACAACUUUAUUGUUUAAUAAUAUCAAAUGUAAUUAUCUUUCCAAACUUGACAACAACAAGAAUAUCUCCGACCCUACACACUCCUUUCAAAUCUCAAGAAAAUUUCUUAAUCGGAUUUUUUAGUUUUGGGUAUUCUUCAAAAUGUCCUCUACACCAGCUGAAUAUCCUUUACAACAACAACUACCACCUCCCAUGUUUGUGAGCCAACAAGCUUAUUCGGAUCGUCCGGGUCACGGGUCAGUUGGACCCGUAAUCGCUGUUCUUGCUGUUAUAGCUGUAUUGGGAGCCAUCGCUAUCAUGAUAGGCAGGUUGUGUUCGGGUCGGAAGAUAAUGGGUCGUGGUCAGUACGAUUUUGAAGGAUGGGUUGAGACCAAGUGCGCGUCUUGUAUCGAUGGCCGGGUCGAUCCGAUACCACGACCCGUGACUAUAGCGGCACCACCGCCGCCGGUGGUGGUUGCUGAGAGCAGCAGCAGCGGUAGCCCCGGCGGUUCUGCGCCGGAGCCGGUGGAAAUGAAAGAGGAAGAGGCAUCUAAUCAAGAAAGUAAUUCACAUGAGCAUCAUCCACAUGAAAGAGCCGAGUCUUGAAAAUGCUUUUUUUUUCUUUUUCUCUUUUUCUCUUUUUCCAUUUGAGCUUUCUUCUUUUUUUAAAAAAAAUGUGUUUAAUGUUCAAUUAAUCUGAGUAUUUUCUAAUAGUGGAAUUUCCGAAGUAAUA